UGAGAAUACCCUUGGCCUAGCGAAUACCCCAAUUGUAGUGCCAUUUUUAGUGGAUUUGCGCUAGAGUGUUGCAGAUUUUUUGGCGCUCUGGCCGCUGCCACACUGUGUGUACGGAAAAUGAUGGAGUUCGGGAAAUCGUCGGAGCACUCCCAGCACAGCGCCUCCGAGGCGUCGGCGGACUCCGGCAGCCUGGCCAACAGCGACCUGGCCGUCACGCCCACCAAGCGGCAUCGCCGCAAGUCGCCGGCCACCAGCUCGGACAACACCAGCACCAGCGUCCAGCCGCCCAUGUCGCCGUCCUCGUCGGUGGUGGACACCACCUUUGAACCCACCAUCGACAUGAUGGUCAACGACUUCGACGACGAGGCAACGCUCAACGAGGAGGAAGCCCUGGCCGACAUGGAGGCACACAGCGCCGAGGACGAGAUAGCCACGCUGCGCGAGGAGAGCGAGAUGCCCAUAGAGGAGCUGCUGGCCAAGUACGGCGGAUCGGCAGCUUCGCCGGCGGUCAGCAGCUCCAAUCGCUCCGGCAGUAGCUCACGACGUGCCCGUCGAGCCACCAAGCGCCAGUACCAGGAAUUGGAUACGGAGGCGGCCCAUGCGUCCACCUCCACUUCGAGCAGCGCCUCGCAAGUGGAAAAGCCCAACGAAAGCUUGGAGCAGGAGGAGCUGAAGGGUGCGGGCAAGCAGACAUCUCUCCCGGAAACAGGAGAAGCUUCAUCCAUGGACACAGGAGAUGCACACCGUCCUGAAGGCCCCAAGAAGCAGCAUCGCUCCCACUUGCUCGACCUUUAUCCAGAUGAAUCCUUCUCCGAUCUGGCACCCACCUGCAGUGAGGAGACCGAAAGAUUCACUCCACUGCAGACGCUCUUCGAUGAAGUGGAGGCCGAGGAGGAAGAGGAAAGCGAGUCCGAGUUGGACGAUGCCCGAAAGAUAAUAAUGGUGGGCCGCGACUUUCAGGCGGAGAUUCCCGAGGGCCUCUCGCAAUAUGGCGACAUAUUGCCCUACGAGAACGAGGAUCAGUUGAUCUGGGAACCCAGCCAAGUUAGCGAGCGAGAGGUGGAGGAGUACUUGGCCAAGAUCCAGGAAACGCGAACCAUAGUCCCACCAGAAAGCGGGGCAGAAGGUGCGGCAGACGAGGAACCUGCAGCUAUAGGUGCUUCUGCCGAACCACCGGCUACCACUCCCGCUCCUGCGACGCCUCCCAAGGCACUGCCUGCGGCCGGUGCCGCCGGCGACCAGGAGCUGGUGGUGAAGGACAACGAACAGGCGCUUCACUUGCUCGUCCAGUGUGGCUACGACUUCAAGGAGGCGCUGCGCCGCAAGCGCAUGAAUGUCCUGCCCCUCAGCGACACCAUGAGCAGCUGGUCCGAGGACGAGUGCCUGAAGUUCGAGGAGGGCAUCCAGAGGUUCGGCAAGGACUUCUAUCAGAUACGGCAGAACCAGGUGCGCACCAGAACCAUGCGUGAGCUGGUCCAUUUCUACUACCUGUGGAAGAAGAGCGAGCGCCGGGAUCAGAGCUUUGCUCUGAACGACACCAUCGAUCACAUGGACGUCUUUAUCAACGAGGCGGGCGCAGGAAACGGGAGUGGUAAUGGAAAUGGUGCUGCGACUGGGACUGGAGCAGCCAACAGCAACGGCAGCUGCUCCCCGCACAGCAGCAACGGUCACAGCAAUGGGGACAUGUCCGCCCUGGAGAAAGAUGCCGUCGCAAGUCCACGAAAGCCCGCCUCGAAGAGCUAUUCCAUAAUGACUGGGAGUCAGGCGGCAGGAAAUGUGCCUGGAGGAAAUCGCAAGCGGGGCGCAUCUACAUCCGCUUCAGCGCCCCUGGAAGACGAGGAUAACAACGUCGAGGAGGAGCCCAUCCUGGCCACUGCGUAAACGGCAACUCCAUCAUCACCGAGCGCAGGCGCUUUCGAUUAGGCUGGGUCAGGCGAAGUAUUAGCAGGGCGCCUUCAUUACCAUUACAACUCACUAUAAAUAUGCAUACUGUACGUGUAGUAUAAACCAUAUGACUAAACAUAUAUAUUCCAGAUUCUUAAAUCGAAAUCUCUCAUACCCCGUAAAGAAUUUCUCUAUUGUUAAGCAUGCGAUUCCGAAACCAAGUACUUAUCGCUUAUAUAUACAAUAUAUUUUCGCUCAAUCCUUGAGUUUCGUUGAAUGUCAAUAAAUGUAAUAAGUAUAUCUUUGAAGUU